AUGACUCAAGAUUUAACGAGUUUGAGUUCUGGGUUUGAGAACAACAGAACCCUAGGUGAUGAAAGAGAAAUAAAUGUUGAUUCUUUGGGUGUCGGGAAUUGGUGGGUCAAGAAUCGGGUGGAGUCUUUGACGAAGCGAGUAAUAUGCAAUUGGGUAUCGAGAAUUGGGCAAAUCGACCACAGAAGGGAAGAAAUGGAAGGUGGCUUUAGGGAUUUAUGUAGAGAAAAUUCAGAGAAGCCAACAAAGGACGAGUCUAUUGUGAGACACGUUGGUGGGUCUUACGGUAGUUGUGGAAACAGAGAAUUUGGGUUGUCAGAGCCUUCAAAUACAGACUGGAAAGACAAGACUUUGGAGGAACUUGGAAUCACUACCAAGCAUGGGAAGCUCUGCGCUACUGCUACUAGUGGUAGCAAGACCAAGACACUUGGUCCUGGUGCUAAGUUUGUACUCAAAGUGCUUCCUCGUGAUGGCAUUUAA